UCCGAUAAGUUCGGGACGGUGAUCCACUCGUAGGUAGUCGUAGCUAUAUAUGUGGCCGGUCGAUGACAGAUGCAGAGUUUUGCAUUGCAACCAACUCGCCGUCGCAGUCUCGAUCUGCGUAACGUGCUCUGUUCUUCCCGUCCUCUAGACUAGAUUCCAUGGCGAGGAUCCUUGCGUCCGACGCCAGCGCCGGCGCGGCGGCGUCCGCUGCCCUAGGGUCGUCGUCGUGGCUCUUGGGGCUCUGCAUGGUCGUGGUCUCCGUCUGGGUCGUCUCGUUCGCCGUCUUCAUCUGCGGCCGCAGCUCCCACAGCGACGACUGCCCCGCCAAGAAGCAGCCGGCCGCGAAGAAGCCCGCUGCGGCCGCGAAGGCGAACCCGUCCAGCCGCGGUGGUACGGCGAGGUCGUCACGGACGGUGGCCGACACCUCGAGCAUGUACACGGCCGCGUACAUGGGCGGUGCUGCUGCCGCGGCCUACGGGUGCAGCGCCGGCCACGGUGGAGGCGGCUGCGGCGGCGGCGGCGGCGGCGGCUGCGGCGGCGGCGGCGGAGGUGGCUGCUAGAAGAGUGGAUAGACAUGCUCUCGGGAGUUGCGAAUUGCGAUGCGCCUCUGAGUUAGUUUCUCUUGAUUAGUCUCUUGAUCUCGUGUAUUAUUGCCUCUCCCAUAUUAUUGUGAGGAAGGAGCGUCGGUUAGUUUUGCUUAGUUCGUUCGAUGGUCGCGUGAAUUUUGUUUGCUCUCGUCAAUUUCAUGAUUUUCAUCUUGCGGGUAUUACUAU